GAGGACCAGGAGGAAACGUAUGAUGCGGAUAAAGAGGAGGAGGACAAUGAGGGAAAGACAGUUUCCCCUGUUAGACAUGCCGAUGAUGUUGAGGAUGCAGCCGUAGUUGCUGGAUUGAUGGAUCUCACAGAACAAGUGUUUGAACAGCCAAUGACAGACAAAAGUUCAAUUGGAGUUGAAGAGAUUCCAAAAGCCAAGUACACAUUUACACGGGGAAGAAAAAGAGGUUCCACAUCGAGACGUGUAAAUAUAUAUAAUCCAAUGCGAACAGAGUGUCAAUCACAAGAAAGAAGCACCAACCAAAAUAUUGAUGGUCCUUGGCCAAUCAAUUUAAAGAGGUCGUAUUCGACUCUUUGGAGACAAGGAUUUGAAGCAUGGGUAAGAAACAGGGCUGAGGAUACAUCUUAUUUGGUUGUUGGUGGAAAGAAGUUAUACAAAAAUUGGUUUAUCAACGCAAUGACACCCGAUUACUGGUUGACAGACCAGCAUAUGGACGUCGCAAUGUACCUCCUCAUGAAGAGGAUCAAGCAAUACCCUGCCAUAUUCAAGAAGAAGGUUGUGCUGUUGGACACUAUAUUCACUGUAAGUAUUUUAUAUGUGUGUUCGAGUAUGUUUGUUAGAUGUUCGAGUUGUUGA